CAGCCAGCAAUCCGCUUACUGAGCGUCCAAAUUAAAGAGGGACCUCCGCAUUUCACUUGAUUAUUCUCGACGGUCUUCAGUCGGCGAAUUAUUGAGGAAGUGCGAGAGCAUCCCGCGAGCCUUUGUUUAAAGUCCUCGCCUUGCUUGUUUUUAUUCUUUUUUUGUUUUUCCUCCCCUGGAAGUAUUCUUCUUCUUAACACAAGGACGUGCUCCGUAGAUACGCGAAGAGCGACCUCGACUUUAGUAGACAUGUGCGUGAAACAAGGCUGCCAAUUUCAGACCCUCUGCACGGUUUUGCUUCUCGCCGCCGCCGUGGCCGAAAUCCACGGGCAAGUUGCAAAAGAUAGUAACAGCAUCAGUAAGAGGACACUGGACCUAGACAGGGACCUCUUCACACACUCAUCAACGCAGGACACAGAAAGUGAAGUCCAUUCCAUCACUACCGUCUCACCAAUGAACAUCCCCAACCACCAGCCAGUCUUCAAGGGCCUGCUGCUUCAUGAGCAUUUACUUACAAGGGACUUCCGGGGGGACCAGCAUUUUUUUCGGAAGGAUGGCUAUGUGGCUGCAUAUCCCACCAUGCCAGGCUCUGUGUCUGCUCCAAAUGCAGCAGACCUUGUCACUCAACUUGUGCCCCAUGAGGAUGCUCCAGCUUUUUCAGAUGUUGCCUCUACUGCUACUGUGGCUGCCACAUCACCGCUGACUACAUUUUCCCCCACAACACCAGCACUGCCCAUGUCUAUGCCUCAAAAGAAAUCAAAGGAGAGGACCAGGGGGACAGACAAGGUCGAUCCAACAACACACUCACUUACCACCCAGGUGACACCAAAUAACAGAGGUUCAGGUGGUGAAAACAGCGGAGUACCUCCCUCAUCUUCACUAGGAAGUCAGCCUCAGAGUUUGGGUGCUUCUCCGGAAGAGGCCACCUCGGGGAAGAUGGAAAAGGGGGAAGCUAGUGAAAUGGCACUAAAAAACAAAACCAGCCCUGGUCAUCAGCUCCACAAGCUCACUCCGGCUUCUUCAGAGAAAGACACCACAACAAUGUCCACGACUGUUACCACAACUACCACCAUCACCACCAUGCAAACAUCAGAGCCGUGUAGUCUGAAUUUCACUGACCCUGAGGGUAACAUUGAAAUCCUGCAGCAACUUGACUCGGGAGUGGAGUGUAACUACUUGAUUACUGUCUACCUGGGAUAUGGCAUCGAAGUUCAGGUGCUAAAUGUGAGCGUGUUGGAAGGAGAGCAGGUGACCGUGGAGGAUACAGGAGGUCAAGAACCCUUCAUCCUUGCCAAUGAGUCGGUCUUGAUGACUGGCUUAGUGCUACGCAGCUGGAGCAACCAGAUCUCUAUCAGUCUCCGUAGUGAGAAACGCCGCAAUUCAGCAUAUCUCCUACUCCAUUACCAAGCCUUUGUGCUGAGUUGUGCAUUCCCCAAAGAGCCUGCUGGUGGAGAGGUUUCAGUGACGCACCUGCAUCCCGGCGGAGAAGCCUAUUUCAAUUGUUUCACUGGAUACAAGUUGCAGGGUCCAAAAAUGCUCACCUGUCGUAAUGCAACCACGCCUUACUGGAGUGGAAAAGAACCCCGAUGUGUCGCAUCCUGUGGGGGAAUGAUAAAAAAUGCCACAUAUGGGCGCAUCGUCUCUCCUGGUUUUCCUGGCAACUACAGCAACAAUCUGACCUGCCACUGGGUUCUGGAGGCACCUGAAGCCCACCGGCUUCACGUUCACUUUGAAAAGGUGGCUUUGGCAGAAGAUGAUGACAGGUUGCUAAUAAAAAAUGGCAACAACAUAGACUCUCCCCCUGUGUAUGACUCCUAUGAAGUUGAAUACUUGCCAAAUGAGGGAGUGCUCAGUACCGGACGUUAUCUGUUUGUGGAGUUCACCACAGACGGGACGAUGACCUCCACCGGCGCAGCCAUAAGAUACGAAGCUUUUGCGAAAGGGAUGUGCUACGAGCCCUUUGUGAAGUACGGGAACUUCAGCAGCAGCGAUUCCACCUACAGUGUGGGCGCAGUGGUCGAAUUCUCAUGUGACCCUGGCUACACACUGGAGCAAGGCUCUGUGGUGAUUGAGUGUGUGGAUGCACAAAACCCUCAGUGGAAUGAGACCGAGCCAGCUUGUAGGGCUGUGUGCAGCGGGGAGAUCACAGACUCUGCUGGUGUUGUGUUGUCUCCUAAUUGGCCCGAGGCUUACGACAAGGGGCAGGACUGCAUCUGGGGUAUCCAUGUGGAAGAGGACAAGCGGAUCAUGCUUGACAUCCAAGUUCUCCAUUUGGGGAAGAAUGACCUGCUGACCUUCUAUGAUGGUGAUGACCUGACUGCCAACAUCCUGGGCCAAUACAGUGGCACGCGACCACAUUUCAAGCUCUAUACCUCCAUGGCUGAUGUCACUAUUCAGUUUCAGUCUGAUCCUGCCACUAACAUCUACGGCUACAACAAUGGCUUUGUAGUUCACUUCUUUGAGGUGCCAAGGAAUGACACCUGCUCAGAGCUGCCGGAGAUCACCAACGGCUGGAAGAGCAUGUCGCAUCCUGAUCUCAUACACGGCACUGUGGUCACCUACCAGUGCUACCCAGGAUACACACUGGUUGGCUCUGAGAUCCUCAUGUGUCAGUGGGAUCUCAGUUGGAGCGGUGAUGUGCCAAAAUGCGAGGAAGUGAUGACAUGCCAGGACCCCGGGAAUGUGCAGCACAGUCGUAAAGUGAUCACAGGCAGUCGCUUUGCUGUUGGAUCGACUGUACAGUUCAUCUGUAACAAAGGCUACAUCCUGUCAGGCUCCAGCCUUCUAACCUGCUACAACCGUGAUUCAGCUAUGCCCAAGUGGAACGAGAGACUGCCCAAAUGUGUCCCUGAAAAGUAUGAGCCAUGCAGGAAUCCCGGUGCAGCUUCCACCAGCAUGCAGAGCUCUGAAAAGGCUUUUUAUCAAGCAGGAGAGAUGCUGACUUUCUCCUGCCACCCCGGCUAUGAGCUGCAGGGUUAUGCCACCAUAUACUGUGUUCCUGGACACCCGUCACAGUGGAAUAGCACUCCUCCUGCCUGCAGAGCGUCCUCGACACAUUAUGUAAAUGAACGCAGACUAGAUGUUGUUAAUACAAAUUAUGGCACAGAAGGAACCAACAUUGCCCUUGCAGUAUUUAUUCCAACUGCAGUCAUCUUGGUGAUUGUCCUUGGGAUUUACAUCUACUUUGCAAAACUCCAGGGAAAGUCUAUCAGAAUGCCAAUGUCCUCGCCACCGUAUGACAACAUGACAGAAGAGUCUGCUUUCGACAACCCCAUAUAUGAGAGUGGAGUAAGUACAGAUGUCAUGAGCAUGCAAGACGUGGAUUCACAGAACACCAGCGUGCUGUCCUGAUCUUUUCCCAUCCGGAUGUCAUCCCAUCGUCAUCUCAUGUCUCACCAGCAGAGGGCGCCCUCACACCUUUCGUCAUCAUGUCACUCAUCACUGAGAGCUAGUGGUCUGAGCUGUGAGAUAGGAACAUUUUUCCUCACUUUACUCUGAUGUCACAUCUCAUUUGCAUCCUGGAUUUCCAUUCUAUCCUCUCAGAGAAGUGAGAGUGCUAUGUUAGAGCUCAUAGUGGUAACUUUUACCCAACUUUUCCCUAAAAGUUGUGGUGCUGUGUAAUGCUGAUUUGGGGGCAACAGUAGACUAAAUACAAAAACAAAUUAAAUUAUUUUUUUUAAAAGAGUGUUUUAGCGAGAUUAAGAAAUGCUUCAAUGUGAGAGACAGUAUAGAUAAAGAACAUUUAAAUGUAAUUUACCAACAUGUAUUUCCAAUACUGCAUAAUAACAUCAUGCUGUUGUCAACCACCCAGAAAGCAUUGCUUUAAAAUGGUUCUGUAGCAGAAAUCCAUUCACACGUUCAGGAACACUUUCAAAAGCCAUUAUUGUUACUGCAUCUACAAAUCUAACACCACAGUACAAAGGAGGCCUUUAAUUUUCAACACUUUACAUGUUGCCUCUGUACAGGUUUCAUUUAAAUAUGGCUUUUAAAAUUAUUUGGAAAUCACUCUGUUUUGUUUUGAUUUACAUUUUACACAGCAUCACAAUUUCUUUUGGAAAUGAUAUAGUUGUAUGUUUAUCAUGCUAUAUGCUGCAGUCCCCGUGUGUGUAUAAAGGUACAGUUUGCUGUAAAAUCUAGCAAAUGAAAUCUAGCAAAUGAACUUGUGCUGUGACGUUAAUUAGCCUUAAACUAGCAUAUACCUAUAAAGUGUACUUUAACCUUUGUAGUGAGAAGAACCUAGAAUUACAUAAAUGGCUAUUUUUAUUUAAAAUAGAUAUUUAGUUUUUAUACAUAUUCUCAGUCUUCUUGAGGGUAUAGUUACCAGCUGAUUCAUAAGUCAAAAGGUACACAAGGUACAUAAUAUAUGCAUAGGCUGUUGUGACAAUAGUAAUUCUAUGACUCUAUUCUCUCUUCUUUGCUCCUUCAGCACUGGCAGACUCAUUCUAGAUACUAAAUCCUGUCAUUAUGUCCAGUUUGGCUGUACUGCAGAACAACUAUGAGGUGAGGUCUCCUUCUGAUUCUGAGAUCUCAUCUUACUCCAGUACCCCGACCGUUCAACGAUCUGUUUUUGACUUUAUCUCGAUCCUGCCACUUACUCACUUUUUGUCUGAAGAUUUUUUUUUCUCUUAAGAACCACUGGUUGGUGAGAAUUUGGAAAGACAUUGUCGGUCUGUCAUGAAAUAUGUAACAUAUUGAGAAUGAAAUGCUAAAUCAUGUUUGUCUAUACCUAAAUAAUGGAUAACAGAUAGGCUACUUAAUAAAAAAGAAAUAUCCCCUUGAAGAUGCUUUGUCUAUCACUGCAUUUCAGUGAAGUUCACAAUGUUGUGCUGUUAUUGAACAACAAUUUUAUGUGUGGCUAUAACAUCUAUGUAUGUCAUAUGCAGACUUGUCAAACUUCUUUUUAGUAUUGUCUUUAUCAGCACCCUGCUUUACUGUUUAUAAGUGACAAUUGUUUACUCACUUUCAUCAGAAGAAAAGUUAAAAUGACCAUAAGCUGAUGAUAGACUUUUUUUUUUUUUUUGGUAAAAGCUUUAGCAGUGGUAUUUGAAAAAAAAAAAAACAUGUAGUGGCAAUCCAUAGCUGCCCACCUAACAAACAUUUCAUAGGCUUUUUUUUUUUUUACUGUAUCAUUGCCAUUGCAGCCUGUAUUUUCUUAUGUUCAGUUUAAUAAAAUGUCCAGGACUGAUCACCAACACUUUAUACAUCAUCUAACUACUUGCUUUCAUCUAAGCUCGCACUGCUCAUUUUGACAACAUUGAAUCAGAAUGGUAAUAACAUCUAUUAGAAAAGAGAUUUGCUGUAAUAAUUAACAGCUGUAUUAUAAGGAGGAGCAUAUAUGCACUUCACAAGCUGUACCACCCUCAAUAAUUUCCUGGGUUUUUUUAAAAUUAUUAUUAUUAUUUUUAAGCAGAUUGCCUUGUCUGAUCUGUACAGGAUGAAUGAAAAAGGUUAAGAGUGUUCCAUUUAGAGCACAAGUAAGAAUUACUCAAUUUCUUUGGACCAUCUCUGCACUAGUCAUCUUUUACUCCAAUAUUCUUUUUUUUUUCUUUUUUCCUCCCCAUUUUACCUAUUUUGUGUAUUACUGUAAAUAUUUCUUUCUCUCCACAGUCAAAUCGGUUAAUCUGUGGGACAUCAUGGUGAUAUUUUUCUAAAGUAAAUUGUUGAUGACUGUCAGUGAUUGAAUGUUUUCGAGUCCUUUUUAUCGCCUCGAGUCAGUGGCAAUUAGAGAUUGGAGGAAAUCUGGCUUUGAUUGUUCAGCUCUGUUGGAUACAAAGGCCCCAUCCACCCAACAGACUUUGAAAAAAAUAAUUGCCAUUAUUACUUGCUUCACUUUGUAUGAGUCUGCUAUCUGUAAAUAGACUGCCUGUCCAAUAUGAGUGCCUCACGACUGACUAUAACCUGAGUCAUCACAUGUGAAAAUAACAGGUACAUGAAAGAUUCAUUCAAGAUUCAUUUACUUUCACUUAUGAUUCAUUUCUAUCUUAAUGUUCAUGAUUAAGGGAUUUAAGAAAUGAUCCUGGAUAUAUUACUAUGAGCAUUUGUGUAGUUCUGACUGCAUACGGCCUCAGAGGAUUUCUCAAAUACAUGUUUUCAUUCAGGAACCAUUAGCUAUGCAUACCGCUCUUCUCCUAUCACACUGUAAAGUCUGCCUUAAAGGAUAAACAUCAGCUAGCUAAUUUGUGUAUGUUACAAAGUGUAGUUGCACCACAUCAUUAGCAUCCUAGGACAACAAUCCUCAAAAUCUAGUGAGUGCAUACAGUAAUCAGCUCACAUCCUGAUCCAUGUCACUGAGUCACUGCUUUACAAAACAAUUGAAAUCCUGCAGUGUGCAAAAUAAAUCCCUGUGCAACAGAUGGUUGUUUACUUGGGGUCAUGUUGUGGUGCAUCUGCCUGUGUUCAAUUUUGUAGAUAGAUCUCAUCUCCUUUGUGCAAAUCCUUUCUGUUCUAACAAAUCUUUCUUUCAGUAUCACAACUGCUGUGACCACAUACAGGAAACUGCUUCAUCUUUAACUAUCUAUAACCCUCUCAAAAAAAUAAAUUAAAUUGUUACAUAAGUAUUGUCACUGA